GCAUAAAUAUUCGAUCUACAAAGCCAUCAGGCCACUAACGUUUUCGUGAAAAACAAAGAAAUGUCGAAGCCGCUCUUUUUGAACACCAAUGGUGAAUUGGAGAAUAAAAUUAAAGAGCUCAGCUUAUUAAAGAGCCCCGAAAGAUCAGCUAGAAAAGAAGUAAAAUACCUUGGUGACGAUGAUGACCACUCUUCGAGAGCUCCUAGGUCAGCUUUUUCACCCUCACCUCGUAUGGAUGAACUACAACGUUUCGAGCACAAGCAUCAAGUUGUAGCGGAGAUGUCUGCAGCCUACAAAAAUCUAUUGGUUUCCAUUGGUGAAGACCCAGGCCGUCAAGGUUUGCUUAAGACACCGGACAGAGCAGCCAAAGCUUUCCUCUACUUUACUAGAGGUUACGACGAGAAGAUAUCAGAUGUUCUAAACGAUGCGAUUUUCGACGAGGAUACAGACGAAAUGGUUAUUGUUAAGAAUAUUGAAAUGUUCUCAAUGUGCGAGCAUCAUCUUGUUCCUUUUAUUGGAAAGGUAUCAAUUGGUUACUUGCCCAAUAAAAGAGUAAUAGGCUUAAGUAAAUUAGCCAGAAUUGUGGAGGUGUACAGUAGAAGAUUGCAAGGUAAAAAUGGAACUUACUUUUAUUUGUUUAUAAUUAAUAGAUUAAAAAAAAAAUUGAGAAAAGCAAAAAGAAUAGAAAAGAGAAAAUAACUCAUUUUUUUUUAAGUUAAAGGGAAAACUAGUAGGAAACUAAUUUCGAUAUAAUCUAAAGAAAAAUCUAGACUUAAAUAAUAAUAAGGGAAAAUACAAAUUCCGUUUUAAAAUAACUGGAGUUUUUGUACGAGAACGCCGCAUAUAUAUCGACGCAAGCCCCAAUCGAAUAUUGCAAUAGCAUGUUAAUGAGGCAGCAAUAUUCAGCAAUACAGUUUCUGUUUGCAUGUUUGGACAUUUUGGUCGCUAUUUCAGUAAUACAACAUUUUGCCCGUAUGUCGAAAUAUAAAUAUAACAAUAUAGUUGGUAUUCUAUCAGUUCAAGAACGGCUUUCAAAACAAAUUGCUGAAGCGGUUGUUACUGCUGUUCAACCAUUCGGUGUUGCUGUCAACAUUGAGGCAACGUAAGUUCCCAAUGCACGUGUAAAUUCUCAGAAAAGAGAUGAUGUUUGCAUAGUGUGCAUAACAGUAUAUUAGUUACUUUUUUAUAUUUUUCUGUAAUUAUUUAUGAACGAAUUAGGCCUGUAGCUUUUCAAUGUUUUUUUUUAUUAUUAUUGUUAUUUUACUGCAUUUUUAUCCUUUCUCAAUCAAGCUAUUCCUUAUUUUAUUGUUUACCCUUCAAUUUUUUUCGCAGUACAAGAACGUCUCACUAAACAAAUAGCACUAGCGAUUUUCGAAGCAAUAAGUCCUGCAGGUGUCGCUGUUGUUUGCGAAGCUUCGUGAGUGUACUAAAAAAAAGCAUAUUUCUUUUUUUACAUAUAUUCCUUUUGUUUCCUUAUAUAUGUAUAUGUAGAUAUAGAAUUAGCAUGCACAGACUAUCUUUCAUAUUAAUUUUAUAGAGUAUGCAGUAUGUUUAUCCAUAUACUGCACUUAUAGAUUAGCAAUUGAAGAGUUUAACAGGACAUUAAAAAGCUUAAAUGCAUCAUGCAUUGAUAAUUUGUACAGCUUUAUAUUCAAUAUUCAAUUGCCUAUUUUCCUCUCCAAUUAGGCAUAUGUGCAUGGUGAUGAGAGGCGUGCAGAAAAUUAAUAGUAGGACCAUAACGAGCACAAUGUUAGGCGUCUUCAGGGAAGAUCCCAAGACUAGAGAGGAAUUUUUAACCUUGAUUAAAGAAUAAAACUCUUUGUUUGGUGAUGGAAUUCUUAAAUACUCAUAUUCACGGAAAAGGGUAUUUUAUCCACAUUUAAGGAAACAAUUAAGUCCUGUUCAAAUGGAUAUUAAUGGAACAAUUAAGGAACAUUCAUUUAAUCUUAUAUUUUGUUUGAAAAAAAAAGUUUUUGCAGGCAAAUCAUGUAAAUGUUGUUUACUAAUUUUUCUGUAAAUUUUAAGAAAAACCUGGGUAAAAUUCAAAUGAAAAAUAGAAUGAAGAUGAAAAAUGGCGAAAAUGGGAAUAAUUUAUUAAGUAUAAAUUAAAUUUUCAACCACGACUAACCACUUGAAGAGAAUAACAAGAAGCAAUAAUGAAAUCAAGUUUAUCCUAAUUUUCCUCUAAUGAUCAUUUAAUGUUGCCCUGCAAAAAAUAUAUGUAGUAAGGUAUUGUUUGUUUUGUUCUUGUCUUCCAAAAAAUUAUAUAUGACAAUUAUGCUGAUAUUGUAAUUUUACUUUGUAUGAAUAAUCAAUACACAAUUGGUGCAGAUUAAUGAAAAAUUAUACCUAUAUAUGCAACUGAGGAACGAGAGAGUGGG